AUGGAGGCGUUCACUCCUCUCCUCUUUUGUCAGCUUGCAUCGAUCCUGGCAUUCAAGCUCCACUCGCAGCAGACUCGAGCAAGUCCGCCUAAUCUGGCAAAACGGAUGCAGGUCAUGACACCAUCGACGUUAUCGUCCGUCUCUUUGACCAAAAACGAGAGCCAAGACACAGCGCCGCAUCUCGCGCGACGUAUCCAGCAGAACAAAAACAAGGUGCCACCCAACCGUCAAAGUUCGCCACUGGACCCUGUUAACAAGAACCUGCGCACGCGCGUGCCAUCGGUUCUACAUCUCAGCUUCAUGAUAGAAGAACGCUCGCCCGACUCGCAGUUGCAGCCAAGAAGAACGCACGUCUCAGCUGUAGUCCAAGAUCCGCUGCGUGUUAUUGAGACUCGAGAGCUGAGAUGUGCAAUGGAGACUUGGAUGAUGGUGACCCGCGCGACUCGGCGACUCGUUGUGGGCAUAAACAAACUGCCCAGAAAAAGACGGAUGACGCUCAUGCAGCUCGUCCUUUUUUGCGCUUGUUGCUGCCACAUCAUGGCUACACACCAUCGACAGAAACCAACAGACGGUUUUUGUAUGGCCAAACACGAGCCCGACCGAGAGCGUGACCGGCCACGCGAGCGGCAGAAGCGGCAGAAGAGACGGCGGGAGGACGAGCCAGAGCCGAAGAAAAAGAAGGGAAAGAAGCAGCACAAGAAGGACCGGAAGAGCGGUCGGAGUCACGAGAGAAGCCGCGACGAUGGGGACGCUGUGACAGAGCCUGACUAUGCGAAAGCUCUGCACGUGGUCCACGAGCUGCUGACACAGACGCCCGAGAUUACGAAGGAUCUCUUGGCGCUACUUCAGAUGGUGGAUGAUGGCGAAGUAGCUGUGAUUGGCGGUAUUGAGAACCGACACAUUCGCUCCAAGCUCAAGGAGUUGUGUCCGUUAUUGGGGCUCGUGAAGGUACGCGGACCUAAGGACGCUUUUGCUAAACCACGUCAAGCACAGGACGGCACGACCGAGACAAGUGUGAUGGAGAUUUUUCGACAAAUGCUGCAGUCCGGCAGUGCAAAAGAGGUGUCGCCGCGGCCAGAUGCAACUACUGGAACUGAUGUUUACUCUGAAACGAUGUCGACCGCGGAAGUUAUGGAGCCUGCAGUGCAAGCGCCUAGUUGGCGCAAGUUGCCAAUUGGGCCAUCACUCCCUCCUGCGUCAACGAGAUUGGGCAGUAUUGGUGAUAUCCACGACGUUGACGACGAUGAAGUUGUGGGUCCAGCACUGCCUGGUAUGAAGGGCUUCCGUUUAGCCGAUGAACGUACGGAAGCUGAAAUGGCGCGCCAGGCUGAACAGUUGGAAAAAGAGCAGUGGGAGCGUGUACGUGAUGGCUCGACGAGCCACAGUGCUGGAGCAGAUGAGAAGAAUCCACUGGUGCGAGAAGCGUGGAUGACGGUGAUGCCUGAGAGCUCGAUUUUGAAGGAUUCUCUGGGACCACAGAGCAGACCACCCGGUAAACCUGCCGCUUUUCGAAGAAAGGAGCCUGCAGCCGUGGACAAAACGUGGUUUGACUCACCACAAGAACGGGAACGUGCAAAACGUGCGAAGCUUGACAUGGAGUUGUUGGGUUACAUUCGUGAAGAAAACGCGCCUAGUGCUGAAGCUGUGCGCAGUGUAGCAUCCACGUCAAACAAAGCGGUGGUGAACGAAUCCAUCGUUCCUACUGCAAAUCCCGAGGCGGAUGAAGAAAUGCGGUUGCGAAUGGAGAACCUGCGACAAUCGCGAGGCCCUUCACUGUUGGAAAAGCACCAGCGCAAACAAGCAGAGCAGGCACAAUACGGGAGUCAGUCUGGUCGGAGCAGCGGUGGAUGGAACAGAGACCGAGAUCUUACAGCUCGUCGCGGGAUGUCUGGAGACGACGCAGAGCGCAUGAUAACGGCGGCAAAGCAGAUCAAUUCGAAGUUUACAGCGCCAACGAUAUCACGGCACUUUUUGUAG